AUGGCUAUCGCCGCCGUUCGCCGGCGCUUGUGGCGCGGGGUGGGGACUGCGGCCGCCGCCGCGGCCUCGGGGACGGACGGGAAUCUGCUCGCUCGCCUGGUCUCGGAGCCGGAGUGCCGCGUCAAGGCAACCAUGGAGGAGGCUGCCUCCUCGGGGUCCCACCGCGACGGCGCCUUCUGGGAGCCCCUCGCCGCCGCGCUUCUCCGCGCGUCGUCUCCGACCAAGGCGCACCUCAUAUUGGAAUGGAAACUAGAGAAGCUGCUGACGGAAGACAUUCAAGAUUGCGAGCCCUACUCGAGGAUAAUCCGUUUCUGUGGUCAGACAAGGAAUGCAACGCUUGCAAUGAGAGUUUUCGAAUGCGUGGAGGCGAAGGGAAUCCAGCUGAACAAUAACAUUUUCAAUGCCCUUAUUAAUGCUUUCUUGUCGGCCGGAGACCUCCUUUCUGCAAUGACCUUAUAUGAGAGUAUGGAAGACAUGGAUGGAUGCAAUCCCAGUUCAGCUACAUAUGAUGCAUUCAUCUGUGCAUUUUCGCUGCUUGGAAGUGGCCAUGCUAUGAUGAGCUGGUUUGUAGCUGCAAAGAAUGCUGGGUUUACGCCAAGUAUUGAAGCUUUUGAAUCUUUGAUCACAGGGUUUGUUCAGUUGAGCAUGCUAGAUGAUGCCAAAAUGGUGUUUGAGGAAAUGAUCGCCUUCGAGAUUAAGCCAAACUCUACUAUUUUGGAGGCCAGUCUUGAGAUUAUCUCUAGAAAGGAGGAGACCAGCAGAGUAGGAGACUUUUUAAAACGUGUAAGUGAUAGCAAUUGGGAGUUGAACAAAGCUAUAGUUGUGAGGUUGACGAGAAUAUGCCUAGAUAGAGAUGAAAUUGCUGAAAUGGAGCAGCUGCUUGCCCUAAUACAAAAGGGACCACACUUGAGUUCUGAAACACAACUGCACCAUGGGAUUAUCAGGUUCUAUGCUAAGGCAGAUCACUUGGCAGAUAUGGAGCAUGCGAUUUACCGGAUGUUGGACAAUGGUGUGAUGUUUAUGUGUCCAGAGGAUGUUGAGGUCAUAAUCUGUUCUUAUUUUCGUCACAGGGAAUUUGAUCGGUUGGAUCUCUUCUUGAAUCGCAUCCGAAGUUUGUUCAAGCUCAACAGGUCUAUAUAUGAUAUAUUGGUUGCUGGAUACCGAAAGUUCGAUUUACAUGAAAGACUUGAUUCAACCAUAGCUGAUAUGAGGGAAGCUGGAUUUGCAUGA